AAUCCUUCUGUAUGAUUCAGUAUGAGGAAGAAUAGUCUCAUCCUUGUGCAACACUAUAAUGUUGGUUACGCUGCGUUGCAAGGUCAAUAUGAAAGAUGGCAGGCAGGGUCCGAUAUCAUCUUAUUACAGAACCAACUUUGGAUGACGUACAUAAGCUUUGCGUGCAACUUCGAAGUGAUGCAAAAGAUGAAAGAAUUCUAUUUCAUUAUAACGUCCAUUAGUUCAAAAGCACCCCCCCCCCCCCCCCAGCUGGUAAGCGAGAAUCACACACACUCUGUGCAACUCUCAUUUGAAAGCUGGCUUGGAACUUCAUCCGCAUUGGUUUUCGAUUGCUCUAAUACAGUUUUGAUAGUUUCAACCUUUCUUGAUUUUGCUGAAAGAAGAGACAAACUUGCGUCAAUAUCGGACACAUAUUCGGAUCAAGUAGAAGAGAGUAACUCUGCAAGCGACAAGAAUGCUUGGAAAAGGGAGCUCAAGUCUUUUCAAGAGAGUAUUCUAUUCGCGUCUUGCGGAGCGAAAGAGACUUUGCCAACCGGUCCUUAUUUUGGGCAGAUAUUUUCACUUCUUGUUUAAUAUCUCUUACUCAGUUGGCUUGUCGCUGGUUCCUACUUCGAUCCCUACUAUCUGGGGUUCGAU